CUCUCUCUGUCUUCCGUGUCUUGUUCUGAACUGACAAACAAGAGAGAAAAAAAUCAGACAAGUCAGUUGCUAAGACUUUACUAGCACACUUGUAAAAAGUUAAAAACAUAGUUACCUUUGGUGUUCAAUAUCUAACAAAAAUCACUUCUUUUCCACUGAUGAUGUACUUCAAUGUCUAAAUGAGCUGAGGCAUUCGAUGAUCUUUGUGUGCUGAGAAGAAUUUACAUGGAAGAUUCACAGUCUGGGUCUUGAAAAAAAAUGGAAGCUUUACCGAAACAACAGCAAGGGGCUGUCGUUGUCAUCGACAUUGACGAUGGAGGAGAAGAAGAGCAAGUGAGCCAGACAGACAACGAAGAAGAAGGAGAAGACAGGAGAAGUUGUUCCUCGUCUUGUUCGAACAAAGCAAAAUCUGGGACGACCGAGAUCAUCAAGGAGAGGAGAUCUUCGGUUUCUUCACUGGAAGUGUAUCUGGAGUCAGAAACCAAGCUGCAUUUGGAGAAUGUGGAGAGAGAUUGCAGGAUUUGCCAUCUCAGCUUGGACCCAAGUAAUCAAGAAUGUGAUUUGCCUAUAGAGUUGGGAUGUUCUUGUAAGGAUGAUUUGGCUGCUGCUCAUAAACAGUGUGCCGAGGCAUGGUUCAAAAUUAAGGGAAACAGAAUUUGUGAGAUUUGUGGAACAACUGCUCGGAAUGUCGCUGGUCCGGACGAGUUGGAGAUGAUGGAGCAGUGGAACGAUUCGAAUGAUUCCGCAUCAGCAGCAGCUCCCAUGGCAAUUCGUGGUGCAGAAUCGAGAAACUUCUGGCAGGGCCAUCGGUUUCUGAAUUUCCUACUAGCUUGUAUGGUCUUUGCCUUUGUAAUCUCUUGGCUCUUCCACUUCAACAUACCAUCGUGAGAACCUAUAGCAAAAAAGGGUUGUUUUCGGUUUAGAUAAUCAUGUCUCACCCGAGCUACUAUUGUUCCUUAAACCAGCAUGCUGUUUAUAUUAGUAUUUAGAGCUUCAAAAACUUACGGAAUAAUUUAUGUUGCGU